AUGGCUAAUCAACACACUCAGGCACGUGGAGCGAAAGAAUAUGUUGUUUUGAUUCCGUUACAAAAAACUUCGACGCUUAAUACAGUGCUUAUUGAAAGACGAAAAGUCACAGAUAUAACCGAUAAGAAUAUUCUUCAUAUUGGUAGCGGACGAAAUGUUGAUUUUAUUAUCUACAAAAAUUCGCAGCCAGCUCAACGCGAUAAUGGACCUGCACAAUUUUCUUCUCAAUUCACAGUCUUCAUGACUGAUCAACAGACAGCAGAAUACCAUCAAGAGAAUCGUACUCUGCGUCUCUGGUCAUAUCCAUCAACACAAAAUGAAUGCCUAUCCGAUGCACAUAAGUUUAUUCGUACGUUGUUAAAAUCGGAUGAAUUUCCUCGCGAUUAUUUUUCUUUCAUUAAACGACUCAUGGAGUUGUUGCGUCAAUUUACAAGUAUUCGAAAACUUGAAUUAGAAAUUCAAACACUAAACAAGCCGGAUCUCGACAUCAACGAUCAUCCAGUUGAUCAAUAUGUCUCACGUUUGAUGCUCUAUGAUAAUGAUUAUCUUUCCGAAAUGCAUGGAAAGAAUCCAAAACGAUAUGCUGAUUUAAUUAAAGAAAAAUUAUUGGAUUUACUUGAACAAGCAUUUCCUAAUCCGAUGUUCGUCAAUGACUUGGCGAAAUAUGUUGAAUGUGAUGGUCAAACAGUUCUUCAAUAUCUUCUUGAAUUAGAAGAUAAAAAUCUCGUUAAGCGUCUUGAUCAAGAUGGACAACAAUGGACACGUGUGAUCAUCGCGGCCGAAGAAGAAGACACUCAUAAAGUGAUCUUGUACAAAUCGAUUGCUGAACUAUCGAGCUCGUUUCGACCAACAAUUGCUAUUAUAACUGUAAAUUAUUUUGAAAAAUUAGCAGUCGAUGCAAUGAUUGAAAAUAAAGUUACUUUCGUUCGGCAUAAAGCAGGUGAAUCAAAUGUUUAUACGAUCGGUACGAUUGGUUCACAUCAUGUUGUUUCAACAAAAUUACCGUUAAUUGGCCGCAGUCGAACUGCACAAAUCUCUACUGGAAGUACAACUACUCGAUUAUUGGGAACAUUUCAACAUGUACAACACGUGUUUAUUAUCGGUUGUGCUGGCGGUGUUCCACACUACACAGAUGUAACAAAACAUGUUCGACGCGGAGAUAUUAUUGUUGGCUAUCCUAAUGAAGAAGAUUAUAUUUAUGGUAUCUAUGAAGCUGAACAGUCGUCUGAAGGUUAUGAAUUUAUCUCGACAUGUUACAAACCGAAAAGUUUUCAAUUGUAUCAGCUUAUGGAACCGAUUAAAGAAAACUAUGAACAAACAAAUGCGACUCGACCGUUGACACACAAGUAUCCUUGGGAGAAAUUUCUUGAAGAAGGUAUUCAAUAUUUACUCUCACAUAAUAUUGAUUGUUUACCACCGGCAACCGAUCGUCUUCACCUUAAAAUGGAUAAUGGUGAAAUUGUCGAAGUAAAACAUCCCGAUCAAGGUAAAAAGGAUUAUCAUCGACCUACGAUACGUUUCGGUAUGAUUGCUGGUGGAAAGAAUCUUCUAACUAAUGAUUAUUUGAAAACAACAUUAUGCGAUCGAUGUAAUGUUUUAUGUUUCGACUCCGAAAUUGAUCAAGUGAUCGCGGCUAUCCAAGGCAAUCGAACUGAAUCGUUCAUGAUCAUCCGUGGUGUGUCCGAUUAUCACGAUGGAACAUUAAACAAAGAAUGGCAACCAUUUUCCGCAUUGUGCGCAGCUGCAUUCAUGAAAACAAUCAUCUAUAGAAUACCAAAAUCGUCCAGAGAAAAUCCGCUUACACAUUCGACAAGUGACCAUGAUGAAGAUAUCCUUUGA